AUGGUGAGGGUCGUGUUGGAGUUCAGCGGGGGUGUCGAGCUGCUGUUUGGGAACCAGAAGACGGUGGAAGCCGACAUUCCGCAGAACGGAGGCCAGUUGACGGUGGCAGAGGCCAUGGCCUGGGCAAGAGACAACUUGCUGACCGAGCGGCCCGAACUCUUCAUGAAGGGCAGCAGCGUGCGCCCCGGGGUGCUGGUGCUUGUGAACGACACAGACUGGGAGCUGUGCGGCGAGCUGGAGGCGGCAGUAACAGACGGCGACCGGCUCACCUUCAUCUCCACGCUGCACGGCGGCUGA